UGGAAAUAGACACGAAGGGGUUAGAGGAGGGGAAGGGGCCGCGCGUGUGGUGUGAAGUGUGAACGGGGGGACGAUUCUCUGCGUGCGGUCUAUUUUUGCGGGAGAGACCUCGCGGACGACGCUACCUGGGAUCUCUCUCUUCCUGGGUCCUGGACCUCCGCCCACUGAGAUUCCGCUGGUGAUCAACCGGUCAAGAUGACGGAGAACUUACCCGAGGAGGUAACGAAGUCGAGUUUCCGUCGCAAGGUGUGGGACUACAUGAUGAAGAACGAGCUGGUGAAUUUCCCGGUUAGCAUAUACAAGCGUAUCCCGAACUUCAAAGGCGCCGCGGAGGCGGCGCAGCGCUUGAUCGAGCUGGACGAGUUCAAGAAGGCGAGAGUCAUAAAGAUAAAUCCGGACAAGCCGCAGGAGCCGGUGAGAUUUUUGGCCCUGCAGGCGAACAAGGAGAUCAUCGUGCCUAUCCCCAGAUUGAGAACCGGCUUGUUCUUACACGUCACGCCGGUCGCAAGCGCGACGAAAGAACAGCUGAAAACGCUCGUUUCCACGCGCGGUCUAGAGCAAGCGGGUAAACCGCUUGGGUUAGAUUCCAAUAUCAAGGUUGAUCUCGUUGUGUUGGGAUCUGUAUGCGUCAGUCGGGACGGAUAUCGGCUUGGCAAGGGGGAAGGUUUCGCGGAUCUUGAAUUCGCGAUGAUGAUGAGAAUGGGCACGAUUACGGAAAAUACGCUUGUUGUCACGACGGUGCACGAUUGCCAAAUCGUAGAUCACCUGCCGCCGCAACUGUUCAAAGAAUACGACGUGCCGGUAGAUAUAAUUGUCACGCCGACGCAGACUAUAUACGUAGAGCCGAGACUGAAGAAACCGUCUGGCAUUCUGUGGCAUAUGCUUAGCGAAAGAAGACUCAAAACCAUGCAGGUAUUACAGCAGCUCAAAGAGAUGGAUGAAAAGGACGGCAAAAUCGUAGUCCUCAAGGAAGUCGAUUCCGACGUGGAGACACGCCCGUACAUAAAGAAUCGCGUUAAAUAUCCCAAAAAGAAGCGUUUUAGCACGAAGAGAGACGCGUCCAAUACAGAAAAUAUCGUGGAAGGCGGCAAGGAUAAAGUUGACAAGCCGCGCUUCCCACGAAGACGAACGUAUAAGAAGCCGAAAGCUGAAGAAGAAAGUAAUUCUCCCAAUGCUGAAACGAAGGUGGAAAACAAUACCAAGAACGCGUCGCGGCGACGUAAGAAUCUUCGUGCCAAAACGAAAACGCAUAUCGAUUUCUCGUUGAAGCUCUCCAACAUCUCGUCCGGUGUGAGAGUCCGCGAUCUGAAGAACGCCCUGCUGUUGCGCGGCGUCAAGCCGAGCGAGAUAACUUGGCAGGGCUACCGCGGCAUCUGUUACCUUCACUUCAGCAAACUCCGGAGCGAGGCCGCUCCGCCGGAUCAGCCGGUUCAGGUAGAUUCGAUCGUGGCGAAUUUGCAGCAGCUCCGAAUCGGUGAGUCCGUGAACGACGAGGACGGAUUUAUAUACGUGGAACCCGCGAAACCGAUUUCCAGAAUCGAAGUGACCGAUGUGACGACCGUACUAAAUGUUUACCAAGAACUCUCUACAUCGAACGUGUAAUUAAGUAAGUGUUGUCUUUUGGUCGUUUACAUUUCGACGUCGAACGUAGGGAUGGACGUCUUCCAAAGUCAAUCCUUCUUUUUUUUUUUUUUAAUAAGAAUUUCGUCACUUAUAACGAUCGAGUGUCCCAGGCAACGCGCAUUUCUUCUCAGGAACUUUUUAAUAAAUUUUGUGUAUGAAAACUAUAACAAAUAUCUAAAGAUUGGCAUUCUUUAACUUUUUAUCUUAUUUUUGUUGUUCAUUAAUUAAAGGACGCUUUAAGUGUUCCUUAAAUUUAAGUCAAUUAAGUGAGCCAUAAAUACUUACUGACAUUAAUGUCAGAUCGUAAUUUCAAUUGUUAAUUCAAUUUUAGCUGAAAGAAAUUGCGCAACUUCUGGGGGACAUGCUGUACCUUAAUUUUUUUUUUUAUAGUACAUCAGCUCGAAGCUACUUAAAGCGCACGCAUUAUGUAUUAACGUUAUUAACGUUUUAUAUAAUUAUUUCAUAUCCCUGUUAUUUUACUUAAAUCUAUAUAUAUGGAGUUGUACUUGCGAAUUAUUCCGAAGUGAAACACAUUUUGACGAUGAUGAUUUGCGUUCGGUUUAAGCUAUAAGAUGUGAUACAUACCUGGUGCAGUGCGAAUAUUAAUAUUUAAUAUUAAUAACUGUUACAAUUAACAUAGACAUACCGCAUAUUUUUGGUUAAUGAUUUUAUUUAUACUAUUUUUUUUGUAUUAAU